AUGCAUCUCCCGCUCCUCUCCGGAGCUGUCCUGGGUCUCAUCGCCCCUACCCUCGCGAUUCCCGUCCAAGACAGUCCUCGCCAGCGUCUUCUCGACGGAAAGGGUCUCCCUUCCAAAUACCGGUCCAGCGCGCCUCCUUACACGCCCGGUCAUAAGGACAAGUACGACGGUCCUGUUGACUCCGUUGGAGAUGAGCUUGAUCCCUUGCCCUACCGCAAUGGACUCGGUGCUUCGGUCCUUGGACCAUGGAACGAGGCUCGCUCCAGACAAAACCCCGAUCUCGUUCGACCUCCCAGCACCGAUCAUGGCAAUCUGGCCAACAUGCGCUGGAGCUUCGCUGACUCCCACAUUCGGAUUGAGGAAGGCGGCUGGACCCGACAGACUACAGUUCGCGAGCUAUCCACGAGCGUCGAGUUGGCCGGCGUCAACAUGCGAUUGGACGAGGGCGUGAUUCGUGAGCUUCACUGGCACAAGGAGGCUGAGUGGGCCUACGUUCUCGACGGCAGCGUUCGUGUCACCGCGAUCGACUACGAGGGAGGCAAUUUCAUUGAUGAUUUGAACAAGGGUGACCUUUGGUAUUUCCCAUCUGGUGUUCCUCACUCCCUUCAAGGUCUCGGCGAGAACGGCACCGAGUUCCUGUUGAUUUUCGAUGAUGGAAGCUUUUCUGAGGAGUCUACUUUCAUCUUGACGGACUGGCUUGCCCACACCCCUCGCUCCGUUAUCUCGAAGAACUUCAACUUGGCCCCAGAAAUUUUCGCUCACAUCCCUGAGGGUGAAAAAUACAUUUUCCAGGGAACUACUCCCGGCUCGAUCGGCCACGAGGCCCCCAACGGAAAGGGCGUCAAGAAGUCAAAGCACCAGUUCACUCACAAAAUGCUUGCUCAGGAACCGAAGAAGACGUCUGGUGGACAGGUCAGAAUUACGGACUCGAACAACUUCCCGAUUUCAAAAACCGUCGCCGCCGCACACGCUAUCAUUGAACCCGGUGCCCUCCGAGAAAUGCACUGGCACCCUAACGCCGAUGAAUGGUCCUUCUUUAUCAAGGGACGUGCCCGAGUUACGAUUUUUGCUUCUGAAGGAAACGCGAGAACUUUUGAUUAUGUUCCCGGCGAUGUCGGUAUUGUCCCUAAGAACAUGGGCCACUUCGUCGAGAACAUCGGCGACGAACCCCUCGAAAUGCUCGAAAUCUUCCGCGCCGACGAAUUCAGAGACUUUUCACUAUUCCAGUGGAUGGGAGAGACACCCAAGAAGAUGGUCAUCGACCACCUCUUCGCCGAAGACCCCGAAAACGGCGAGAAAUUCUGGGAAAAGGUCCGCAGUGCCGAGAAGGAUGAAAUCACUCUGCCUGAUGCUCUGGAGAAGGAAACCGAUGGCACUCAGACCGACGAACUUUGA